CUGACGUUCACAACGCAGUCCCUAGUGCAGGUUAUAAUUUACUGCAUUCUGUUCGUUAUAGCCGGGGCUGGCAACGUACCGGUGUUCGUCAGUUUGCUGAACAAACGGCACCGGAAGUCGCGCAUCAAACUCAUGAUUCUGCACCUGGCCAUCGCGGACCUGAUUGUGACGUUUGUGAUGAUUCCCUUGGAAGUGGUGUGGAGGCUCACGGUCCAGUGGGCUGCGGGCAACGCCAUGUGCAAACUGAUGCAGAUGCUCCGUGCUUUCGGCCCGUACCUCUCGUCAAUGGUUCUGGUGUGCAUCAGCGUGGACCGCUAUUACGCAGUGCUGCACCCGCUCAAAGUGCAUAGUGGCCAUCGACGAGGCAGGAUAAUGCUCACUUUCGCCUGGUACGCAAGCCUGCUUUGUAGCGUACCACAGGCAUUCAUCUUCCACGUGAUGGAGCAUCCGGCGAAGCCAGGCUUCUACCAGUGCGUCACGUUCGCCUCUUUCCCGUCGCCUGCACACGAGAAGGCGUACAACCUGCUCUGCCUGCUGGUGCUCUACAUCGUGCCGCUAGCCGUGAUUGUGCUUUGCUACACCCGCAUCUUCUGGGAAAUCCAGCGCCAAUCCAAGGAGGGGCAAGAGGCAAUUGGCACAGUAGGUGAAGAGGGUGAAAACAAAGGCCAUGGGGAUGACAGCAAGCGUGGACGGCUGAGGUUGCGGCGGUCGGACAUGCGACAAAUGCACCGUGCGCGAAACCGCACGCUGAGGCUGACCAUCAUCAUCGUGCUCGCCUUCUUCCUGUGCUGGACACCAUACGUGACCAUGGUGUUGUGGUACCAGAUAGACCCGAGCGGCGCCGAGCACGUCAACGGAUAUCUACAGUCGUCGCUCUUCAUGUUUGCCGUGUCCAACUCGUGCGUGAAUCCACUCGUCUACGGUAGCUACACCAAAAGCUUCAAGCGCAUCCUCGCACAAGUCUGCUGCUGGAUUCGCAAGGUACAGGGGGGCAACUAUUCAACGUACGCCCAUGCGUCAACGCGUAUUCCCCUGUCCGAAGUUGCGUGCCGCAAGACGAUUCCUGACGUGGUUCCAGCAGAAGCACCCGAUGACCACAAGCCGCGCUGCUUGGUGUGUGUCCCUCCUGCCAACAACAAUGAAAUCCAGCUGGAGCUGUGCCAGCCAGCCACAAAUUACACUUACGCCUCGGUCCCGAAGGACACUGGCGACUGUUCUGUUUUGUGGAAAGCGAGGAGCUACUCCGCCAAGGGUCACAGGAAGAGUGCUGUUACCGUGCUGCAAAACGGUGACACCGGCCACGGUCAUGGUGGUCGUGUUGAAAAGAAUAGAGUCAGAAGCGAUCCAUGCAGCUUGUGA